GGAAGGGGGAGAGAGAGAGAGAGAGGCCACAGGAAAUAAGGCAAUUUCAAGAAUAGUAAAAAGCUUUAAUUAUAAAGUCCCACAUCCCCACCACGUUUGUAUCCCCCUCCCUAUUGCAGAAAUGGAGUUUGAAGCUUCUUGGUGGGUUAUCUCCUUCUCCUUCCUCUUCUUCUCCUUCAGUAUCACCUUUUUCUUCUUCUCUCUUUUGCUCUUUCUACUCAGGGUCUGGCCCUGGUGUAACUGUGAUGUCUGCCAUCGCUACCUAACCUCGAGGUGGGCCGCCAAAUUCGGCAAUCUCUGUGAUUGGUACACACAUCUCCUCCAUGAGUCACCGACCCAUACCAUCCACAUACACAUACUCGGCAACACCAUCACGGCGAACCCUGAGAACGUCGAAUACAUUCUCAAGACACGGUUUGACAACUAUCCCAAGGGUAAGCCCUUCUCGAUGAUCCUGGGCGAUCUACUCGGACGCGGUAUCUUCAAUGUCGAUGGCGAUCACUGGAGGUUCCAAAGGAAGAUGGCUAGCUUGGAGCUCGGGAGCUUGUCGAUGCGAUCGUAUGCCUUCCAGAUAGUUUCUACUGAGAUCCAACAGAGGCUCUUGCCGCUCUUAGCUUCCGUUGCCGAUAGGGACGGCUGCGUCUUGGACUUGCAGGAUGUGUUCCGGCGGUUUGCGUUCGACAACAUAUGCAAGAUCUCGUUCGGUUUGGACCCACAGUGCUUGGAGCUAUCCCUACCGGUGUCGGAGCUAGCUGUGGCCUUCGAUGUGGCCACAAAAUUAUCGGCGAAGCGGGCCACGUUGGCGUCACCGUUGAUAUGGAAGAUCAAACGGCUCUUGAACAUGGGCUGCGAAAGAAAGCUCAAAGAAGCGAUUGAAUUGGUGAACGGAUUGUCUGAGGAAGUCAUCAGGCAAAGGAGGAAGAUGGGUGUGUGUGACCAACAUGACCUUCUCUCCAGAUUCAUGUGUACGGUAAGCGAUGAAAAGUACCUUAGGGACAUAGUCAUAAGCUUCUUAUUGGCUGGGCGUGACACUGUAGCAUCUGCUCUGACCUGUUUCUUCUGGGCAUUGGCAAGCAACCCAGAUGUGGAGAAGAAGUUAAGAGAGGAAAUUAUGCAUGUCCUGAUACAUGGGGAGGAUGUUGCUACCUUUGAGCAACUUAAGGGUAUGCACUACCUGCAUGCAGCCCUCUACGAGAGCAUGCGGCUCUACCCACCUGUGCAAUUCGAUUCCAAGUAUGCGCUGGAGGACGACGUCCUCCCCGAUGGGACCUUCAUUAAGAAGGGGACUAGAGUUACAUACCAUCCAUAUGCCAUGGGGAGGAUGGAAGACAUAUGGGGGCCUGAUUGCCUUGAAUUCAAGCCGGAGAGAUGGUUGAAUGAUGGGAUUUUCACGCCCCAGAACCCGUUCAAGUACCCGGUCUUCCAAGCGGGCCUUAGGGUGUGCUUGGGGAAGGAGAUGGCCAUAGUUGAAAUGAAGAGUGUCGCCGUUGCUUUGAUCCAAAGGUUCAAAAUCGAGAUGUUUGAUACAUGUUACCAGCCCAAGUUCGCUCCCGGCCUCACCGCUAGCCUAAGCGGAGGCCUCCGUGUGAUGGUUCGCAACAGGCAUCCCUGAGACUGCAGGCAACGAGGCAGUGCGGCGGGUUUCCUCAAGAGAGGUUGCAAAAAUGCACCUGGUGCCAAGAAUACAGAAGCAUGAUGGAAGAAAAGACCGUGGAUGGAGAGACCAAGAAGGGUCACGCUGUUAUUCAAUACAAGGACUCGUGAAGAUUUGCCAUGGGAUCUACCCAAGAUAAUUAAAUUUCUGCGCCCGGGGUGAUAUUCGUACAUAUACGGAUGGCUCUGAUUCUGUUACAAGUUGGGGGAAGAUUUUUGUAAAUGUACUUGUCGCUUUGACAAUGAUCGAAGCAACAGAUUAUUGUUUU